CUUUGGGGAUGGAGACGGAGACCAUCGUUUGUGGAACAUCUGGCAGGCAGCUGGCAGGAGAGAAUGUCCGCCGGGAAGAACAGCUGCCUUCUCUGUUCUCUUCUCUCCUUUGCCAACCACACCAGCUUUCCUGCUUUCACUUAAAGAUCUUGGUUGGGGCAAAGAAAGGCAAUAGUAACAUACAGAAUAACAGAGUUGGAAGGGACCUUGAAGGUCUUCUAGUCCCAACCCUCUGCCCCAAGCAGGAGACCAUAUGAAAUGAUGAUAAGAUACACUGGUCCAAACACAAAUGUGGUGGAUGAUAUGUUAGAUGUGGAAAAUAAGCACAUGGCAGAAAAUCUGGCCACUAAAGUCACCCGUCUAAAAUCGCUUGCAUUGGACAUUGACAAAGAUGCUGAGGAUCAAAACCAGUACCUGGAUAAUAUGGAUUCUGAUUUUAUGAGUGUGACAGGUCUUCUCACAGGAAGCGUGAAGCGUUUCUCUACUAUGACUCGGUCAGGAAGGGACAACCGCAAGCUUCUCUGUUAUGUCUCUGGUGGACUGAUUCUUGUCUUCUUCAUCUUGUAUUAUUUGGUAACAAGAGCACGAACUUGAAGGAAAUUAUUAAAAUUUUGUACUGGAUGCUUGUUGAAGGAAAAAAGUGGUAAUGGAAAACGGAACUGUGGAUGACCUUCAGAUGUGUAUCUUGGGAAGGAUUAUUUAAAUUUUUACAAUAAACCAGAAGCUCCUUUGUGAACUACAGCAUGAUCUCUCCAUUCUGAACUCAUCUUUUUUCUUUAAAGAGGAUAUGAUUUUGUCCCUCUCUUCUUGAAAGCUCAAAUGCAACACAAUUCACUGAAAUGAAGUCUCUUUCCCUCUGCCCUUGUAUUAGCUUGCUGUCGUUACUUGGUGAAAGAGGAAGCAUAUUGGUGAUUAGCUUUCUGCUGUAUAUGGUUCAGCAGGAAAAUCCUGACAAUGUUUAGUAAAAAUGUUCUAAUGCCCAUUUUAAUGGGAAAAAGUGUUACUUAAAAGACUGAUGUUAGGAUAUGUGCAUUUCUGAGAAGUGGUAUUUCUCUUUGGAAUGUCUUUUAAAACAAAAAUCACUGUUAUCACUGUUUCUGGGUAAACCAGCAGCUAUGAACAAUAAUCCUUGCUUGUUAACUCUCAAAGAAGUAUGUAGAAGAAAGUUGGAUUUAAAGCACUCACAAAAUAGAAAACACUUUUCCAUUCUAAUUAAUCCCUUAAUUGAUUUACCAGUUUUGAGUUGUACUAACCAUAUAGUAAGUUAAUGUAUAUUCAUUUUUUAAACUUUGUCAAAAUCAGUCUUAAAGUUCUUUUUUAAUUUGAUGUAUUGAUUCUAGAUUAAAAAUUCAGUUUUAUGCAUA